AUGCUAAGAUCAGAUAGGAUCCCUGAAGAGUGGAUAAAGAGAGAGAAGACAUUCCUACUGAAUCUGUGUCUUCAAACAGCCCUCCAUGAGAGAGAAACCAUACAAACAACUGUAGAGAAAGUGUUGUCACUGUCUGAAGUUUAUCAGGGUCGGAAAUGGGAUCUCCUGCUGGAUCUGUACUCUCAUGUGAAGGACUAUGAGACUCAAACAGGCAGGAGUGUCCUUCCAGCAUUACAGACAGUUUACCAGUCAGCUCCUGCAGUCUGGUCCAUAGACCUCUCAGAGAGAAAGGUCUCCCUCCUCCUAGAAGUGCUGAAACUCCAACCAGAGAAGAAACCAGUACAGCUGAAAGGCUGGUCAGAUGAAGAGAGUGAAGUGAGGAGUUUCCUUCAGUGUCUGCCCUACAUCUCACAGCUGAGUUUCUAUCUAUCGUGGUCUGAUCCCUCAAAGCUGAUCAAGUUCCUGGUGGGUCUCCUGUCUCAAGCAGCAGAGUGGGAGGAGCAGUCAGGAGAGAAGACACUGAAGCUGGUGUCAUCAGUGUGUACUUACACAACCUUCCCUUUCUGUGACGAGGAUGAUUAUGAUGAGUCGUUUCAAUGUGAUUUCCUGCUGAAUCUGUACUCACAUGUGAAGGACUAUGAGACUCAAACAGGCAGGAGUGUCCUUCCAGCAUUACAGCCACUUUACCAGUCAGCUCCUGCAGUCUGGUCCAUAGACCUCAGAGAGAGAAAGGUCUCCCUCCUCCUAGAAGUGCUGAAACUCCAACCAGAGAAAAAAUCCAUAGAGCUGAAAGGCUGGUCAGAUGAAGAAAUUGAGUUGAGGAUUUUCCUUCAGUGUCUGCCCUACAUCUCACAGCUGAGGUUUGCUCCACCACAGGAUCAGAUAGGAUCCCCUGAAGAGUGGAGAAAGAGAGAAAAGACAUUCCUACUGAAUCUAUGUCUUCAAACAGCCCUCCAUGAGAGAGAAACCAUACAAACAACUGUAGAGAAAGUGUUGUCACUGUCUGAAGUUUAUCAGGGUUGGAAAUGGGAUCUCCUGCUGGAUCUGUACUCUCAUGUGAAGGACUAUGAGACUCAAACAGGCAGGAGUGUCCUUCCAGCAUUACAGACAGUUUACCAGUCAGCUCCUGCAGUCUGGUCCAUAGACCUCUCAGAGAGAAAGGUCUCCCUCCUCCUAGAAGUGCUGAAACUCCAAUCAGAGAUGAAACCAGUAGAGCUGUGGGACUGGUCAGAUGAAGUGAGGAGUUUCCUUCAGUGUCUGCCCUACAUCUCACAGCUGAG